UGUCAUGGCGUCCCCCUUGAAGGGGGUUUGGUACCGCAGUCUGUAACUGCUGUCAUUCUCCGUGUUGUCCCUCUGACAGGAACCAAGGCGGCCUGAAGAGGUUGUGAGGGCCGGGUGGCCAUCAUGGGGACCGUACAUGCUAAGAGUCUGGAUCCACUCCCGAUGCAUGGCAGAGAUUUGAGUGUGAACCCUGAAGACCUGAUCCAGCUUCCAGAACAAGAACAAGAAUCCAAGCAGGAGAUUUUAGAAAACAAAGAUGUAGUUGUCCAGCAUGUUAACAUCCAGGGUCUGGGAAGAACCAAAGAGGAUCUGCUCGGUUAUGAGAUCUCUGAUGUUUUCCAAGCCAAAAAUCUUAUCGAGGUGAUGAAGAGGGCUCACACUGCCAGACAGAAGCUUCUUCGCCUGGGAAUUUUUAAAGAAGUGGAGGUUCUCAUUGAUACGUCUGAAGGUGCAGAUGCCCUACCCAAUGGUCUGGAUGUCACUUUUGAAGUGACAGAGAUCAAAAGGCUGACAGGAAGUUACAACACUAUGGUUGGAAACAAUGAAGGAAGCAUGGUCCUGGGUCUGAAGCUGCCUAACGUGUUUGGCCGAGCUGAGAAGCUUACGUUUCAGUUCUCCUAUGGUACAAAGGAGACAUCCUAUGGUCUGUCAUUCUUCAAACCACAACCUGGAUACUUCGAACGCAAGUAUGACUACAGAGCAGAGCCAUCGUUCACCAGGGUGCGCAUUUGCCAGAUCUUCGACAUCACCUGCAACUGCGGGAGCUCCAGCAACGCCUCCCAGUCACCGCCGUGA